AUGGCGGAGCCGCAACCCAGCACCAUACACGAGGGCUCCACGACCGGCGACGUCGAGGACGAGGUCCAACAGCAGGCCAAGUCGGCCGAGGACCGCAAAGCCGCCACUGCGCUCGCCAGUCUAGACAGCAAUGGUGACGAUGCGGCCAGCUCGGGGGCCCACGUCGACCAGGAGGCCGUCAGCAAGGCCAUGAAGAACCUGGGCAGCGCCGCAGUCGAGAAGGAGGUUAAGAAGGUCAAGGUGGACCCUGCGGAUGUUGCGUUACUCGUUGACGAGCUCGACCUGACUAAGGCUAAGGCUACCGAGCUGCUUAAGGCGCACGACGGCGACGCGGUACAAGCUAUGAGGGCCUUCAUCGCUGUCUCUUUUUGA